AUGGAGCCGGCGGCCACCAGCAUCCAGGUGCUGCUGCAGGCGGCCGAGUUCCUGGAGCGGCGGGAGCGCGGGGCGGCCGGUCCCCGGUGCCCGCCGUGCCUGGCCGAGGCCGAGCACGGCUACGCCUCACCCUGCCCCGCGCGGUCCCGCCGGGCCGUGGGCAGCGUCAGGUGAGCGGCGGGGCUGGGCUGGGCUGGGCUGGGCGGAUGGCGGCCGGCCGGUAGCGCCCGUUCUGAUCACCGGGGGCUCUCCUGCAGGUCGGUGCAUAACGCGCUGGAGAAGCACAGGAGAGCCCAGCUCCGGUGCUGUCUGGAGCGGCUGAAGCAGCAGGUGCCGGUGGGCGCGGGGCCGUCCCGUCCCACCACGCUGAGCCUCCUGCACCGUGCCCGGCUUCACAUCCAGAGGCUGGAGGAGCAGGAGCUGAGGGCACGAAAGGCCAAGGACCAGCUGCGUAACCGGCAGCAGAGCCUGCGGCGGCGGCUGGAACGGUUGCUCUCGCCCGCCAGCGGGGAACGGGCACGGGCUGACAGCCUGGACUCGUCCCAGCUCUCGGAGCCCUCUGAGGGAGAGGAUGCCGAGAUAGAGGUGGAUGGUGCGGUGUUCGGCGGGGACCUGCUGCCCGGCUUCGGCACCUGGAGGGACCACAGCUACUCCAGCCCCCGCAGCCCCACGUCCUGACGGCACCUGCUGCCUUCCCUGCACUGCCUGCCUGCCUCCUCCCUGCCUGCCGCUGCCGGAAAUGCAGCCUCCGCCGGCCUCAUCAUGGCUGCCCGGGUAAGGGGCCACAGGUGGGGGCAAGUGCCCGGCUUGGCUCCCCCGCUGCUGGGCCGCUGAGCGGCACCGGCCACGGCGCUGAGCGCACGGGGCUGGCACAGCGCUGUGGCACCCACUCUGCACCGGAAUGCGCUGCAAGAGGCGCUGGAAGAGGGCCCAGCUGUCACGGGGACACCCUCCCGCCUCCCCCCGUGCGCCCCCAGGCAGGCUGGGGGCCGGGGUUGCCUGGCACGGGUGUGGGGCAGCGCUGCCCCCAGCAGACACGGCUACAGGAGGGCUCUGCCGCCCCUGGAGAGCCAGGAAGGGGAAACGAGUGCAUUAAGCAACCUGCCUUCUCGCUCCCACAGCCGCCCUGCCCUCUUGUACGUACCAGACACUAUUCUAGUAAAGGCACUUAGUGAAACCCCUGCUUGCGUCUUGCCUGUGAGCCCAGUGCCCCAGCAGUGGGCCGGACCCUCGGAGCGGCGGGCAGCACUGGGCUCUGCUCUAGGCAGGCCAGC